AUGGCGGAAGCCAGCACUGUCGACGCAGGGGCGCCGAACCUCAAUCUCACGCCUGAAGAGAAGCGAGUCUACGGCCAGCUCUUUCGGCAAGCAGACACGGAUAAUGUCGGUGUCGUGACGGGAGAGAUUGCCGUCAAGUUCUUUGAGAAGACAAGGUUGGACUCGAGGGUACUGGGCGAGAUAUGGCAGAUUGCAGACAAAGAGAACCGCGGUUUCCUUACCCCCGCUGGCUUUGGCAUCGUCCUGCGCCUGAUCGGCCACGCCCAGGCUGGCCGCGAGCCCACUCCCGAGAUAGCUCUUCAACAGGGUCCGAUCCCGCGGUUCGAUGGCUUCACGCCCGCUCCCCCACCACUCGCCCCAGUCCCUACCGGUCCUAUUGCGCAGCCGAUCUCUGCACAGGGCACAGGAAACGGUCCUAUUCGGAUUCCGCCCCUGACCCCGGAGAAAGUCGCGCAAUACGCCGGCCUGUUUGAGCGGCAGCCGCUCCAGGCUGGCAGCCUGCUCCCAGGGGACCAAGCGAAGCAGAUCUUUGAGAAGUCCGGACUGCCGAACGAGGUCUUGGGACGCAUCUGGCAGCUGGCCGAUACGGAGCAGAGGGGUGCACUAGUGCUCACGGAGUUUGUGAUUGCUAUGCACUUGCUGACAAGCAUGAAGACUGGGACACUAAGGGGCCUGCCUACUAUACUGCCUGCAGCUCUCUACGAAGCGGCGACCCGACGAGGCCCGGUUGCUGGUGCGAGGCCACAAAGCCCUCAAACUACGGGUACGGCACCGUUGUCAGCUAUUCCCCGGCAACUCAGUGGACAGGCUGGUCAUCAGGUGCAGAUGCGGACCGGUUCCCCUCUCGGUGCACAUGUUCGAUCACCUCUAGCUUCGCAGUCAACUGGCGAUGCGUGGUUGAUUACUCCUGCUGACAAGACUCGAUUUGAUGCCCUGUACGACGAUCUAGACAAGACAAGAAAGGGAUUUAUCACUGGCGAGGAGGCCGUCCCAUUUCUUAGCCAAAGCAAUCUUCCCGAGGACACAUUAGCUCAGAUUUGGGAUCUUGCGGAUAUCCGCUGCGAGGGCCGCCUGAACAAGGAUGAGUUUGCCGUUGCUAUGUAUCUGAUCCGGCAACAGCGGAGCAGGAGGGACGGCCAGAACACACUCCCGGCGACCCUGCCGGCAAAUCUCAUGCCCCCUAGCCUUCGGGGCCUGGCACGGCCUCCACCAGCAACAGCACCAGGGCCCUUCGAUGCCCCGGCUCCUCAGCCAGCACCGGUGCAACCACCGCCGCCGCCGAAGCCUGUAUCUGCUCUGGAUGAUCUGUUUGGACUGGAUUCCUCUCCUACACCGCCAGCUCCAGUACAGAGUGCUAUGGCGACGGGAAGCUCAAAUCCUCCGAACGACCACUUUGCAGGUGCUGCCAGCCCAGUCGCCCCUGGAUCGCCUGUUCGGCCGUCGCCAACAGCCAAUAACACCUUCAAGCCAUUCAUUCCAUCGUCAUCUUUUGGCCGUAGUAUCAUUCCCCAAGCCACCGGAGACUCGCAAGGUUCCGCAGGUGCAUUCCCGAGACCGUCACCUGCCCAACCAUCUGCUUCUGAUGAUCUGCUAGGAGACGCUGAUCCGGAGAUUAGUAAGAAGUUGACCAACGACACUGCCGAGCUGGCCAAUCUGUCAAACCAGAUUGGAUCUUUGUCUAAACAAAUGCAAGAUGUGCAGGGUCAACGGUCUGCAAGCCAGAACGAACUCAACCAGGCUAGCGCUCAAAAGAAGAAUUUUGAGCAACGUCUAGCGCAGCUACGUGCCCUCUAUGAGAAAGAAGCCAAAGAUGUGCGGUCUCUGCAGGAACAACUAACCAAUGCACGAAAUGACACCAAGAAGAUAUCAAGCGAAAUGAUGGUGCUCGAUGGAACAUACCAGGACCUGCAGAACCAACACCGCACCGUCCUUGCUGCUUUGCAAGCUGAUCAGCAAGAGAACGCAAACCUCAAGGAGCGCAUUCGUGCUGUCAAUGCAGAGGUUGCUGCAUUGAAACCUCAAAUCGAGAAAUUGAGGUCAGAAGCCCGGCAGCAAAAGGGCCUAGUUGCGAUCAACAAGAAGCAACUUGCUACAAAUGAGGCAGAGAGGGAGAAACUGAAGACUGAGGCUGAAGAGCUAACAAAGGAGAACGAAGAGCUUGCUCGUCAACUUAGUCAAAGCCCUCCACCGCCCGCCGCCGUUCCUCCGCCGCAAGUCGCGAGUCCUGCGCCUAGCAGCGCAAGCGCCAACAACCCCUUCUUCCGGAGGACGGGAAGCACGGAUAUCAUGGGGGCAUUUGCCAGCCCUGGCGCGAAGACGUUCAAUGACAAGUCUUUUGACGAUGUCUUUGGGCCAUCCUUCCCGUCCAGCACUCCGCCUCCUGCUACAAGCUUCAAGCCGCAGAACACAGGGACUUCGGUUACGAGUACUGGUUCGUUUGCCACUCCGGCUACGUCUACCACGCCUAAUGUGAGUCGGCAGCCCACCUUGACGGUUGAGCAACCCCCAGCUCCGCCAGAGUCGAGACAGAUGAGCCCGAGCUUCUUGCCCUUUGGCGAUCCCACCGAGUCCCUGACCAGCUCGACACAGGUGUCACCACCUAUGAGUAGGCUAGGUCCUGAGACCCCUGCUCUCGAGACCCCCUCGGCCGCGCCCCUCGAGGCGACAGCUACAGGUCAAAGCUUCGCGUCAGCAUCGUCUCCGAGCGAAGUGAAGGCCUCUGAAGCUACGUCCGCCAGCAACGGUGUCGCACCGGAGCCUGCAUUUGGCGCGCCAACCAUCACAAAUGAUAUCAAGGCCGAAGAUGCUGCUCCAACGGCAACAUCUGAUGCCUUCUCUGCUGUAGACCAGGCAAAGGCCAAGGAGGACUUUGAGUCGGCAUUUGCUAGCUUCAAAGCCUCAAACCCGGCAAAGAAUGCAGAAAAGUCUAGUGCAGAACCUGUGAAAGGCUUUUCUGCUUUCAACACCGAGUUUCCGCCCAUCUCGGAGCUGGAGAGGGAUGACGAGGAGUCUGAUUCUGACGACGACAAGGGUGGAUUCGAGGACGACUUUGCCCCAGCAAGCCCGCCUACUGGAAAGGGAUCUGCGCAAGCUAGCUCUCCUACUUUAACCAAGGCUGCUAUUGACCAGGGGACACCCGUGCCUGCGACCAGCUCUCCUGAAAUAACUAGUGCCAAACCUCUCUCUCCUCCGCCGAAUACCGAUGCAGAUGAUAUCUUUGGGGCAGCGGCACCACCAGGUGCAUUCCCUGAGCCGUCACCUGUUCCCUUGAGCACCACUACCAACACUGCACCCACUGCAGCCAGCCAGCCUGCGCCACCUCCGGCGUCCAAGCAGCCCUCUGCCUUUGACGAUCUUGACGAUGAAUUCGCAGACCUAGAGGAUGCUAAGGAAGGUUCUGAGGCCGAUGACUUCCAGACUAUCUCUCGAUCUGGACUCGAUGACUUCAAUCCGGUGUUUGAUAGCUCUCCUCCCGCUAGUCAGUCUACCAUCAAGAGUGAAUCUACAACAGGUCCGUCUGGGGCUACGGGGCCAAAUGCACCAUUUGGAACAGACAGCAGUUAUGAUUUCGCUAGUCUGGGUAGCAAUUCUGCGGCUACUUCGAAUCUGGGCGCCUCUACCGCUAGCACAGCCCAACCUGCCGGCGUAGCAGGCAAGGGGCCGAACCCUCCAGAGAGCCAUGACUGGGACGCCAUCUUCGCUAGCCUUGACGAUGCGCCGGCUGCUUCUCCCACCACAGCAAACGCUCCCCCCGCGCAAGAAAGCGCCCAGCGGCCAGAAAUUGGUAGGGCGCUGACUCAGGAGGGCGAACAUGACGAUCCAAUUCUCAAGAACCUCACAAGUAUGGGCUACAGCCGGACAGAUGCGCUGAGUGCGCUCGAGAAGUACGAUUAUAAUUUGGAAAGAGCGGCGAACUACUUGGCAAGCCAGUCCUAA